GCAGAGGUGCGGCGCGCUCGGAAGAAGGAGCAGAUGGCCAAAGAUCCGAGGCGGAAGGUGGCCCUGCGCAUCGAGCGCGGGCGUAGGGAAGCCGACCUCGAAAGACAUAAGGCAGCCGAAGAAGGCGAGCCGACAAAGACGAAAGCUAGCAGCAAAGACAAGGCAAUCCCGCUGGUUGAGUUCAUUGCCCCAGGAUGCUCCAUCGACAACAAGGAGCCUGUAGAGGUGGUUGACGUGCUCAAGAUCCAGCGAAAAUGCCAGGGCUUGGGCUACCACCAAAGUGUCUCCGAAAUGCUGAAGAUUCGUCGUUGGCAGGAGAAGACGAAGAAGCCGAGCACUCGCUCAAUGGAAAGCAGUUGCUCUGGCAGUAAGUUCGAGUCCUGUAGCUGGCUCUUCUCGAGCUCUGUCUUGGACUCCGUGUCGUUGGAGGAGCGCCAAGCUGUGGCCAAGGAAAGGCGAGAUGGGCAAUUAGCCCAGAAGAUCCGGCAAAAGCUCCGAAACAUGAGGAGCGACUGCCCGCUCUACCUCUGCCGAGCUUACGGCAUGGUGGACCGAAAUGGAAACCCUAUGCUGGGGAACGACUCUCGCUACGACUUCUCAGACUCCGAAAACGAAAGUCUGGGCAGCUCAGACGAGGGCCUUCAUAGCCGCCGAAACAGUGGUGAGGUCUUCGCUCGAAAAAGUACCAUGAGGUGGGGCAGGGGCGCAACGCAGGUGAUGGGGAAAAGGGCCUCGCAGCAGAGGCGCAGCAGCGGUGGCAACAACGACAAAGCGAAGCUUGAGGCCAUUACCAAGAAGGUCAGGACAUGCAGGAUCAAGAUGCAAGCCACAGUGCAGUGGCUGAAGAUCCUCUUCCACAAAAGGCGACGUUUGGCAGCUGCGGACAAGUGCCUGGCGCUUCUGCGACAGAUUGGGGAGUGGGUUCGCAUGCGCAGCACGAUGAAGAAGUUUGUCGCCCACGUGAAGAGCAUCCAGCAGACCAUACGCAGCUACCUUGCCAUGAAGCGGAAACGCUGCCAUUUGAUAGAGAAGGAGUGGUGUCGGAUUGAGGAUCUGAACUUGUCUGUGCAUGCGCAGUACAAGGCGCAUCUCGCUAUGCAGGAGAAGAACGCCAACGGCAACAACAGGGAAAGCAGCCCGGGCAAACUGCGAGCGAAGCGGCGGGUGCUGCAAGCAGUCAUGCAGGCCAGUGUUAGCAACAAGUGGAAGACCGUGGUGGAUAUCUCCACUCAGCGGAUCCCAGUGGCAGAGAGAAGGGCAAUCAUUGCCUCGUACCAUCGGCGCGCGAUCCGCAGACACAUGCACAUUGGCAAGACCUUCCUGCAGGUGGUGUGGGAUGCACUACGGGCAAGUCGUGAGCUAGACCAGUUUCUGAACCAGUUCCACUACGACUCCUCUGGAAGCCUCGAACGGGAAAAGUUCAAGUUCUUGGAGGUUAAGAAAGAGGACAUCCACAUCGAGUACCAGGACCAGGACCUCUUGUACUGGCAGAUGUCUGAGGCCGUCAUCAUUCAGCUGGUGGCAUGUUCUGCUCAAGCCCUUGUACAUGCAUCGAACUUCAAGGAGCAUCCUGCCAACCAAGCGAUCCCAGUGGAGAAGAGGAAAGAGUGGCCUGAGUACGUCAUCGGCAGCGAUCCCUAUGAGUUUGCAGAGUUCGUUCUUCUUCAGCUGGAUCGCCCCUUCUACCACGGCCGUUUCGGACAACCUCCAACGAUGAGGGCCAGCGACAUUAUGGAAAUGGAGGUGAUCCGCAACGAGCGGAAGCUGAUAGAAGGAAAGUUCAUGCAGUCGCGCUUCUUGAAGUCAGGCGGCACAAGAUUUGAGAAAGGCGAAGAUGACGAAGCAAUACCUCUGGAAGAGAUCCGAGAUGUGGACCAGGCACUCUCAUUGUUCGGAACCACCAGAGCGCGGUCCAAAGAAUCCAACAAGGAGCUUGGAAGCCUCGAGGUCAAAAACCAGACUGGAG